UGCUGCGUCCUGUCCCCGUGCGUAAAGGACACAGUUUUAUAUUUAGACCUCCAGAAUCACAGGGGCAACAUUUCAGGACUGUGGUCAGAAGAACCUGGCUGUAUCUUCAGAUUCUAACCUCAAAGCAGGCUGAAGAUCCGCAAUCAAAGAGAUUAAAAACACCAGUGGAUGCCUUUUAUUCUCUCCUCUCUUCCCUCUCUCUCCACCUCUCCCUCUGUCGGGGAUCUAGUCGGAUCCAGUCUGGGUGAAAGCGGGCUUCCUGGUGCGAGAUAAUCGGCACAUAAUGUUGGUUAAUGAGGCGAGGAUGUGGAGGCACAAACUCAGACGCGCUCCUCAGGUGCGCAAAGAGUGAGAAGGCAGAAUAAAAGAGUGCACGGGAGGUGGAAGCUCACUGAAGAAGGAAGUGCACAGUCUUCCGCAGGUUUUGACGCCAUGGAGACCGGCCAAAGUGCGCAGGUCACGGACAUGGGAGCGGAGCACUCCGGCGGCGUGAGCGCGGUUCUGGAGCGGGAGCGGGACAGGGGCGACGUGUCCAGCCCGAGUCCCCCGUUCAAGCAGCGCUCUCUGCGGGUCGUGUACGUACUGAACGACGGACUGAAGUCGGUGAUGGCGAGCAGUCCCGAGUCCGGAGCGCUGCAGUGUCUGCAGAGAGCCUGCGACUCCGAGAGCGCGCUGCUCACCACCGUCACCUUCGGAAGACUGGACUUUGGGGAGACGUCAGUGCUGGACAGUUUCUACGACGCAGACAUCGCAGUCGUGGAUAUGAGUGACGUGUUCCGGCAGCCGUCCUUGUUUUACCACCUGGGUGUGAGGGAGAGUUUUGACAUGGCUAACAAUGUCAUCCUGUACCACGACACCGACCCUGACACUGCACAGUCCUUGAAGGAUAUGGUGGCGCAGAAGAACACGACCACUCGUCCACCUAUGUUAGGUUUUCCUUGGGUUCAGUUGCCUCCAGAAUACAGAGGCUCUGGAUUGCGCAAUAAAGCAUCCAGUGGUAACUACUACUUCAUCCCCUACAUAGUGACUCCCAAUCAUGAGUACAUGUGCUGUGAGAGUGACGCCCAGCGCAGAGCCAGUGAGUACAUGCAGCCCAGCUGGGACAACCUGCUGGGGCCACUGUGCGUUCCCCUGAACGACCGCUUCACCAGCCUGCUCAAGGACAUCCACGUCACGUCCUGCGCUUCCUUUAAGGACACCCUGCUGAACGACAUCAGAAAGGCCCGGGAGAAAUAUCAAGGGGAGGAACUGGCGAAAGAGCUUUCCCGCAUCAAACUCCGCAUCGACAACACAGAGGUCCUCACUCAGGACAUCGUCAUGAACCUGCUGUUUUCCUACAGAGACAUACAGGAUUAUGACGCGAUGGUGAAGCUGGUGCAAACCCUGGAAAUGUUGCCGACCUGUGACCUGGCAACGCAACCCAUGAUCCAGUUCCACUACGCCUUUGCUCUCAAUAGGAGAAACAGUCCCGGUGACAGGGAGCAGGCACUGAGAGUGAUGCUACAGGUGCUACAGUCGUGUGAGCAUCCGGCACCGGACAUGUUCUGCCUCUGUGGACGGAUUUACAAGGACAUCUUUCUAGACUCGGAUUGCAAGGACACUAAAAACAGAGACAACGCUAUACAAUGGUACAGGAAGGGUUUUGAGCUGCAGCCCACUCUCUACUCUGGUAUUAACCUGGCUGUCUUGCUCAUAGUUGCUGGUCAACAGUUUGAGAGCUCAAUUGAACUGAGGAAAAUAGGUGUCAGGUUAAACAGUCUGCUGGGCCGCAAAGGUUCCCUGGAAAAAAUGAACAACUACUGGGACGUGGGGCAGUUCUUCACCGUUAGCAUGCUCGCGAGCGACAUCCCCAAAGCGACGCAGGCUGCCGAGAAGCUCUUCAAACUGAAGCCGCCUCUCUGGUAUUUGAAGUCGGUGGUGCAGAACCUGCAGCUGAUCCAGAGGUUCAAGAAGCAGACGGUGGAACAUUCUCCUCAUCGGGAGAGACUUGACUUCUGGAUGGACAUUAUCGUGGAGGCCACGCAGGGAACCACCAAUCGACUGCGCUUUCCAGUGUUGAUUCUGGAACCGACCAAACUUUACCAGCCUUCAUAUGUGUCCAUCAACAACGAGGCAGAAGAGAAGAAUGUUUCCAUUUGGCAUGUUUCUCCUCCCGAAACAAAAGGAAUCCAUGAGUGGAACUUCACUGCAAUGUCCAUAAAAGGCAUUAGUAUCAGCAAGUUUGACGAGCGCUGCUGUUUCCUCUACGUCCACGACAACUCUGACGACUUCCAGAUUUACUUCUCCACUGAGGAGCAGUGUGGUCGAUUUUGCUCCAUGGUGAAAGAGAUGAUAUCUGAUGGUACAGGAAACUCUGUGGAGCUGGAAGGGGAAGGAGAUGGAGAUACACUGGAGUAUGAGUAUGACACCAAUGAGACAGAAGACAGGGUGGUGUUGGGACGAGGAACCUAUGGAGUGGUGUACGCAGGGAGAGACCUCAGCAAUCAGGUCCGAAUCGCCAUCAAAGAGAUUCCUGAGAGAGACAGCAGAUACUCGCAGCCUCUUCAUGAAGAGAUCGCUCUUCACAAGUACCUGAAGCACAGGAACAUCGUUCAGUACCUGGGCUCCGUUUCCGAGAACGGAUACAUCAAGAUCUUCAUGGAGCAAGUGCCUGGAGGAAGCCUGUCAGCGCUGCUGCGGUCUAAGUGGGGUCCGCUGAAGGAGGCCACGAUCAUCUUCUACACCCGACAGAUCCUGGAGGGGCUGCGGUACCUGCACGAGAACCAGAUCGUCCACAGAGACAUCAAGGGUGACAACGUCUUGGUUAACACCUACAGUGGUGUCCUGAAGAUCUCGGACUUUGGUACCUCCAAGCGUUUGGCAGGGGUCAACCCCUGUACGGAAACAUUCACUGGUACACUUCAGUACAUGGCACCAGAGAUCAUCGACAAGGGCCCUCGAGGGUACGGGGCCCCCGCUGACAUCUGGUCUCUGGGAUGCACCAUCAUAGAAAUGGCCACUGGGAAACCACCCUUUCACGAGCUGGGGGAACCGCAGGCAGCCAUGUUUAAGGUGGGUAUGUUUAAGAUCCACCCAGAGAUCCCAGAGUCUUUGUCGCUGGAGGCCAAGUCGUUCAUCCUGCGCUGCUUUGAGCCUGACCCUCACAAGAGAGCCACUGCGUCAGAUCUUCUCAGAGACACGUUUGUCAGGCACAACACAAAGGGCAAGAAGAGCAAGAUCGCAUUCAAACCCUUAGACUACAUCCAAAACGUUUCCCUGCCGGUGCAGUUGCAGUGCGAGGCCACCGGGAGCAGCAGCAGCGAUCACGGCUCUGUGAGCCCAGACUGUGACUCCAAACACGAUGUUUUCUUCAACAAGAAGAAAAGCUCCGGCUCCGAGAACCUGCUCAAACCCCCCAACUCCAACUACCUGAGUGUGCCAGAUGAGGGCUCAGUGUCCGAGGACCGCAGUGCCCCGCCCUCUUCCGAGGACAGGGACAGUGGACUGUUUAUGCUGAAGAAGGACAGCGAGAGACGUGCCAUUCUGUACAAGGUCCUCAACGAUGACCAGGAGAAGGUCAUCUCCAACCUCAAGGAGAACCACAUUCAGGGCAGUGAGGAGCUCCUGCUGUCCCUCGACCACAUCAAGCAGAUCAUCUGCAUCCUCCGAGACUUCAUUCAUUCUCCAGAGAGACGCGUCAUGGCCGCCACCAUCUCCAAGCUCAAGCUGGACCUGGACUUCGACUCCACCUCCAUCAACCAGAUCCAGCUGGUGCUGUUUGGCUUCCAGGACUCGGUGAAUAAAGUCCUAAGGAAUCAUCACAUUAAACCUCACUGGAUGUUUGCAAUGGACAACAUCAUCCGCAGAGCUGUGCAGGCAGCCAUCACCAUCCUCAUACCAGAGCUAAAGACUCACUUCGGCCCGGCAUCAGAGUGUGAGGGCGCGGAGAAAGAAGACGAGGUGGACGAAGAGGAGGCGGAGUUUGUUCCGGUUUUAGCUUCUCAGGCGGAGGAACUGGGCUUGACCACUGAACCGGCCCAUUCUGCAGCCACCCUCUGCACGCCAAACCCCGCCCACUCCCUUGAGCACCAGCGCUCGAAUCAGCAACUGGGGGCUCAGCUGGGACGACUCAAACACGAGACGAACAGACUGCUGGAGGAGCUGCUGCAGAAGGAGAAGGAGUACCAGCAGGUCCUGAAGACCACGCUGCAGCAGAGGACGCACGACCUGGAGCUUAUCAGAGUCAGACACAGGCCUCCAGACAUUGCACCUCCAUCCAUUUUCCACAUCCCAGCGGACCACGAGCCAGACAAGCAGCUCGUGGACUGGCUGAAGGAGCAGGGAGCCGACGCAGAUACCGUAGACAAGUUUGUGCUGGAAGAAUACUCACUGACCGACCUCCUCAGUGACAUCACCAAAGACGACCUCCGCUGCCUCCGUAUACGGGGCGGAGUCCUGUGUCGCAUCUGGCGAGCCGUCCAGCGGCACCGAGAGCGGGAGAGGCUGACGAAUGAUGGACGCUCAGGAGACGACGCGUGACAGGGACACAUGGACACAGACACACACACACACACUGCCAGUCUCUCUCACACUCGCUGCCUUCUCAUCUUCGUACCUCUGUUGCGUUGUUUACACGGGACUCGCUGGAGUCCUUUGCACGUCUGUGCGUCUCACACACAAGAGUCCAACUCGACCAGACCAAAGCCCUUUAGUGCCGGCACUACUUCACAUAUCUGUGUGUAUUUAUCGUGAGACAAUUGCAACUAAACAAACACAGGAGUUCACUAAAUUCUCUUAUUUGUCAUUGAAAUGUCAGAAAAUACCGUUAAUGUGAAAAACUACAUUACUACUACAUUAUGGCCUUAUUUAGUACAGCAGUGAUCCACAAACACUGGGUCGGGACCCACACAUGGGUUGCAGGAUAGUUUCUUUGUGUCCCCAAACAAAUUAUCCCAACUUUCUAAGUGUGAGAGGUUUAAAUAACAUGCACAAAAUGAAGUUUUGAUUAAUUUAUCCACUCAAAAUGAUAAAUGAGUUGCUAUAUUACACACAAAUACACAAAAAAUAUAUAAUAAUUGGGCUUGGUGUAACCAAUAUUUGUGUUUUAGAAGAAAAAGUGAAAAUGUUUCCACAAAAAAUUCAAUGUUUUUCUGUCUCAUCUGGCUUCCAGAACAUUAAGAAUCAUAUUUUUUGCCAAUAUAUACAGUAUUUAAACUCUCUUUUCUUUUGACUAGUACAUUUGACUACUAUUUGUGUUCAUAUUAGUACAGUACAUCAAUGCAGAAGUAGUUUUAAAAAGUUUCUGUCAAUGGAAAUUGACAGAUAUUGCAGAUAAUAUUUACUUAAAGCCAAAGUCUUCAUGACAUUCAACUCUAUUCACGUGCCAAUCUUGUUUUUUGGGGGACUAAAGAAACAUUUCACAGCCUCAUUGAGUCACAACAUAUUCCAAAACUGUGCUCACUCAUGUCUGUCUCCUCACUCAGAAAAAACACACACAACCACUGCCUUUAUACUUUGUCUGCACGUUAUUUAUUAUACAUGUUUUUCGCUCUUAUCGUCUUCUCUGUGUGUUCUUGUGGUUUUUUUUACAUUACAACUACUGUCUGUAUGUAUGUCUGUAGGUACUGUUUGUCUGUGUGUUUCCUGGUUGUUUUCAAACUGCAAUGAACCUGGAAAUAAAGGAAAGUUGUCACCCGUCA